GCGCCAGCACCCGCCUUCAAUUUGGAGAUUAUGCGCCAAUACAUUGAUCAGCUAGACCGCGAGAAACUCGCCAGUAUCGUUCACCAAGCCACACAAGCUCAUCCAGACGUGGCCCUGAUGGUAACUGCUGCCAUCAGGGAAAUCCGCGAAAAAGAGCGGCGUCGCAUCAUCAACUUCGAUUUCUAUUCCAAGGCAAUCUGGAGAAAAAUCAACAUCAAAUAUUCCAGCAUGACCGGCUCAAAACAAUACGAUAUUGCUGGGGAAGUUGUUGGCGAAAUCGCAUCUGCCAUCGAUACGAUCGUCGCGAGCUGUGGUUCCAAUGCCAAUUCCCAAACACGAUAUAAUGGGCUUUCCGUGCUGCGCAAGAUCGGCAAGACAAUCGCUCUUUCGGCAACCGAUACGCUGGGCCAUGAAGUUCAGCAAGAGUUUCAAGGGGAAUCGUGUCUUGAAGAUGGUAUGUGGGAGAUUGUGUCUGCCAUGACAAUACAGGAGAGAGACGACAUUGUGAACGACAACCAGGACGAAGAAGCGCUUUGGCCCAAACUGGAGGAGCUGCUGGGUCUGGCGAAUGACUAUUGCAUCUUUGAGCGGUUGGGGGACGUGUUGGAUUUACUUUCAGGAGAAGGGGACUAUGACGAAGAGAAAGAGGAAAACGAAGGGGAUGGGGAAAAUGAAGAACAGUAUGAAGACUUUUCUUAUGCCAAGGAAGGAGAUGAGACAGAGCAUGAAGGUGGGAAUCCGGAAUUCCUUUCAUGCUGGGAUAUACAUGCACCUCCACAGAGUUCUCCGUGAUGUAUUCGAAUGCGCUGUAUGAUCAUGGUAUCGUAAACAUAAUGUUGAAUACUGGGCGAUAUGUACAUUAGAUAGAUAAUAGCCCUGAUGACCGCUAUUAAUUGAGAACAUGCAGUACAUAAACACUAUGUCCGUUUGAAUGGAGAUAUCUCUA